UUAGGCUGAAACCAACAAUUUUCUGAUUGAUUUUCGUGUUUGAUUUCAGUUUAAUGUGAGUGUGUUCCUCAGACCAGGAUGCACUGCAGAGAAUCUCUUCAGGAGUCUGUUCUUCUCGUGCAUCAGCUGUGAUCAUGUUGUGUUUUUGGGGAUCGCAGAUCAGAGAGGGUUUGGGGCUGGUGAAGCCUGAACAAGUCAGACAUGGAAAUUCUGGAAUACAAUCUGUGUGUCCGAGAACAGCAGUUCAGGACAUGUCAGCUGGAAGGAGCUUUGCUGGAUUUAUCCGGGAUGGGAAGGUCUCGGUCCUGAGAUUGCGCAGUGAAGAUUAUGACCAUCAUACAGAAUCACUAGAGCUAAACGACGAAAUUGAUGACAGAAUCAUACAGAUUGUCUGUGGAGGAGAUGGUGCGGUGCUUCUUUCUGAUUCAGGAAAAGUUCUCAUCAUGGACAAAUCUACUGUGUGCAAGCCUCUCAAAGGUCUGGAAAAUAGGCAGGUGAUUCAGAUCGCAUGUGGAGACCAUCAUUCAAUGGCACUAACUAAGGAUGGUCAGGUGUUCGUAUGGGGGGAGAACUCUCACGGUCAGCUGGGUUUGAGGAAAGAUCAUCCCGGCUCUCCGUCUGCUCAACAUGUUCAGAGUCUGAGUGGGGUCCCACUGGCUCAGAUCAGCGCUGGAGGAGACCACAGCUUUGUGUUGUCUCUCUCUGGAGUCGUGUUUGGAUGGGGAAAGAACUCUGCUGGACAGCUGGGACUCGGAGACACUACAGACAGGCACAUCCCAACAAUUAUAAAUAGCCUUCAAUUGAAGAAAACUGUGUCCAUCUCAUGUGGAGGGGAACACACUGCCACUCUAUCAAAGGGUGGCACAGUGUUCACAUUUGGAUCCGGAGGCUCUGGUCAGCUUGGGCACAACUCUUUUAGAGAUGAACAUCAUCCGCGGGUGGUUGCUGAACUGUGGGGAUCUGAAGUGUCACAGGUCACGUGUGGGAGACAUCACACACUUGUAUCAAUCACAUCGUCAAAGCUGAUCUACUCAUUUGGAUGUGGGAUGCAAGGGCAGCUGGGAAAUGGAGAAAUGAUCGCACAGUCUGUGCCUUUCCCUGUGGAUCUGCCAACUGAAUGUAAUCGGGAAUAUACGAUUGAAAAAAUCAUCGCUGGGGAGAAUCAUUCCUUUGCCUUGUUUUUCAAAGAACUUGAAAGUAAGGGCAAAUCCAAUCCAAGCAGAGGGGUUUUGACAUUAAACGACAAAAUGAUUGACCGAUGGCUGUCUGGAACUGAUCCAUGGGCAACAAUAAAGCAGGAAAUAAAUGCAGUGUUCUCCUCCUCUGUGUCCCUGAAUGGAAGUUUUCUCAAAACUAGUUGUGAUGAUCAUUAUCAGACGUCUGAAGAGCAUUGUGGUUUGGAUUUUGAUCUGGUUAAAACAACCUUUGCAAAGAUAUCAGAGAAUAAAAGCUUGAUAGCAGAGGUAGUGAAGGGGGUUCAGCAGACUCUGCUGCCGUCUCUGAAUCCAAAUCCAAAUGCCGUUGAAUCGCUGAGAGUUUAUCUUCUCCUCCCUGAGCUCAUCAGUCGUCUCAAGAAACAAAAAACCGAACUCACUGAAGCUCUGGCUUCUAAGUUUCUUGAGCUGAAUUCUGAUGAUUGCAAGGUGUUAGAGAAGUACUGGUCCAAACUCCCUGAUGAUUGGCUCAAAGGUCUGGUGGAGUUAUUUCACAAAGCAUCUGCUGAACUGAUUGGUCAGAUUUCUUCUGGUGAAAUGGGUUAUGACAUAACUAGACGCCUGAAGAAGUUUUUGAAUGUUCUUCAGAUGAUCUAUCAGGUCCGCUGCAGUGCCAACAGAGACAUCCCAAACAGGGAUUUCCUCAUUCAUGAGAUCAAAGAUCUACUAGAUAUGGUGGUGUUCAUUGGGGAGAAUGGAGUAGAUAUGAGGGGUUUAUCGGCAGAAUUAUUUUCUCUCCUUUCCCAAUCUCUUCUGGAAUGGGAGAAGAAGGUGCUGGAAGUCAAUAAGAGAUCAUUGGUGGUUUGGUUCAAUCCUGAUGGCAUGCAAGCUAAUAGAGAUUUUUACUAUCUUGGUGUUAUCUGUGGAAUGGCGCUCUACAACCGUCAUUAUAUAAACAUUGAGUUCCCACUGGCCUUGUUCAAGAAACUCCUCCAGCAGAGUCCCACUCUGAAUGAUCUGGAGGAACUGUCUCCUUUGGAGGCCAGAACUUUGAAAAGUCUUCUUGAGGAGGACGAGGAUGAAGUAGUGGAUAUGCUCAGUUCCGAUUUCACGGUCAAAGGAGAAAAGCUCAUCCCAAACGGAGAUCAAAUUAAAGUGACCAAAGCUAAUAGACAGAAGUAUGUGGAUUUGUAUGUAAACUUAGUUUUCAACAAGUCAGUGAAGAAACAGUUCGAGCAUUUUUCAAGAGGUUUCUAUAAGGGCUGUCCACUUGAUGCCUGGAGCAUGUUCCACCCCGAGGAACUCCAGGAGCUUCUCCAAGGCUCCCGUAAAUACGUGUGGAAGGAGCUUCAGCUGUGUGCUUCCUAUGAAACAUGCUCUGCUUCUGAUGAGCUCAUCAAGAACUUCUGGACUGUUUUCUUUGAGUUAUCUGAGGAGAACAAGAGGAAAUUUCUGAGUUUCUUGUAUGGGACGGACCGUGUACCUGUGGGAGGUUUCUCAAAGCGCUCUCUGAAGAUUUCACAGUUAAACUGUGCUGAUGCAGAUGACCGACUGCCAGAGGCCCGGACCUGUUUUGAAAGAUUAAUUCUCCCCAAAUACAGCGAUAUCAACACACUUCGUGACAAGCUAAUACAUGCAAUCAAGUUUUGUAAGAUUUUUGGACGAGCAUGA